AUGUCCGCCGAGAAAAUAAUCAGGAAGCGUUCUAUAAAAGCAAGUUCAAUUCAUACGCCAGCUUGUCUAGGAAAAAGAGUUCAUGACACUAAACAAGCAUUUCAUAUAGAGCAUGAGCUCAGCCCAUGUACUGCAACGGCAUCAAUGUUUGUAUAUUCACAAGGAAAUAUGAUCAUAUGCGCACAACGUGACACUUUAAUCGUGGAACAGCGAUUUCUUCAACAUACCGAAGAAGUUCGUUUGUUAGAAGCAGAUACUAUCAGUGGAAGGGGAGAUGGAAAGCUUAUUGUUAGCUAUGAUUCAGGAAAAACGGCUAUCGUGUGGGAUUGCACCACAGGAGAUGAAAAGGCUCGAUUUUAUUCGCAAGAAAAUCUAACUGUAGCUGCCUGGAUGCGAAAUGGAAAUAUUGUGUUUGGAGAUGAGCUGGGAAAUGUGAUCUUAUUUGAGCUGAGUACCUCUGAGAAUUUAAACGUCAAGACCAUCGAUCAAGUUUCGAUCACAGCUUUGGCACCUGCAGUGGACUGUAGAACUUUUGCUAUUGGUUUUUCAAAUGGAUCACUCUACAUAGCGACCAUGCAACCCUGCUUUACGGUACUUCACGACUUAACUAGACCUAAAAUUACAACAUCUAUUACCACACUAGCAUGGCAUGCCUCGUCACCACGUCAAAAAUCAGUUCUCCUGGCAACCCAGUACUGCGACGGUAACCUCCGUAUCUGGAGCAUUCCGAAAUACCAUAUCUGCACUGAGACAGCGAAAGUAAUGCGAAUUUUACAGCGCACAGAUAAAGUUCAGAAUGGACCCCAUUGGUCUGCCUGGUCAAAAAAUGGACGGAUAAUUCAGUUCUGUGAAAGGGAAACUUGGUCAUGGGACGUGCGAACAAAAUACGUCACAUAUGAGGCUGUACCAACACCGGAAAUUAUAAAAGGCCUAGCUAUCUAUGGCCCUGGAGCAAUCUUGUUUACAUUAAGUCAGAAUAAUUCUGUACACCAAUUUAACCUAAAAUCACCGCCGCAAAUAGUGGCCAACGUUCAGCAUUCCACGAACAGAAUACCAUCAUCAAUACAUGUACCUGAAGAAAAAGAAAAGAGGCAAGAUGUCCUUAAAUUUUCAGAUGAUAGAGGUACUACUAAAAUGCAAACUGGCGCUGAUAACUUAGGAGGCGAUCGAAAUGAAAUCAUCACAGCUUCAACGAGUAGUUCGAGAGAAAACUACAGAUUAGAGGACUCAGAAAAUUAUACGACAUCAUAUUCAGAAAUUUUGAGUCCAAUUUCAGUCAGGAGUCACGUAUCGAAAACUUCGAGAUCUUCCGGUGUAUUACAGGAUAUUUCCAAUACGUCACGUGAUACAGGUGAUGAGACAAGUAUUUCCACAGGGUCAUCAUUACAUUCAUCGCAAGGAUAUUCAUUUGACUCAAGUCGCGGUAGUAUAUCACCUAGUUCUUCAAGCUCUAGAUCUAACAAUUCACUUAACUCUCCGUUUAAACAUCCUUACUCGCAUCAUAAAGCUCGACAAAACUAUAUUCAGCCUUCGGAUCUAUUCAAAUAUACAAAUUAUAGGCUAUUUGAUGUAGUAGACCGACAACCAGAAGCCCUAGAUACCUCAAAGCUAACAAACCAUGAUUGCCGAAGACAAAUGUUCCGUAUAAUAUUCGGCUGGGAUGGAGAAGCCGAAGGAUUGAUUGAGGAUGAAAUCAGUAGGCAACCAUUCGGAUCAGUAACACGCUUUCUUUUGGCUAAAUGGCUUGGCGAUAUUGAUAUUAAUAUCAUGUCCCCCAAGACAGAAUCUAUGACUUACUCUGAUUGGAUGCUUCUCGCUUUAUGUGGAAUCAAUGGAGCUAGUAGACAUGAAACACAGAACAAAAUUGCUAGAGCUUACGUUCAGCGCCUGCUGAGAGAGGGUGACAUUCAUACGGCUGCAACAUUCAUGAUUAGUAUGGGGGAUAAAAAUGAUGCAAUCGAAAUCUACGUAUCCCACAAGAGAUAUAUGGAAGCUCUAAUCUUGACUUGCUAUGUUUUUCCAGCUGACUGGCAAAGACAAGCUCAAUUAAUCAGGAAAUGGGGCGAAUGGGCUGUUCAACAUAGUCAGCAUAAUCUAGCGAUCAGAUGCUUUUCAUGUACCGUAUCUGAAUCUACACAGCCAUGGUAUUCUCCUGGCUAUCAUGGAAAUAGAUUUUCAACACAACAGACAGAAAUAUGCAUGCAAAGUCCACCUGAGUCCCCCUCAUCAGCUGAUGAAGCUCAGACUUCUAAUACGAAGACUUCCGCACUGAAACUAAUAACAUCUUUUGAGGAGACUUCAGGGAAAAUUUCAUGCUCAAGAAUAAAUGAAUCCGAAAGAAACUUGAAUGAUACAGUAUCCUCAUUAUUACAGAGCGAGUUUUCUCACGUCGCUUCUCUUCGAUCUGAAUCCCAAAGCGCCUAUAACACACCUGCAUCUGAACGCACAGCUACGCCUGGCGGCUUUCAGCGACGACGACUUCCUUCCAUUGGAGAGAUGCAUUCAGACAAUUUCCCUCUUGUUAAAGCGGAUAAUUCGACUGAUACUAAAUUUACUGAAAGCAACACUGAGACACUUGUAAAUCAGGUGCAAAAUUUACAUGAAACUGUCAAUAUUGAAAAACCAGGCUCGAAACCUAAGAAUUUCAACGCAAAAAUUCCGAUGAUUCAAACAUCGCGAAAUUUUUUGAUAGCUCCUCUUUCGCUUUCCGCAUCAUUAGAACCCUCUCUCAUGUCUCAACUAGUCCAUAAUACAAGCAAAAGCUCCGAAGAUCCAAAGAAUGAUAAGCCAGAAAUCUCAUGGCCACCUAUGGAGGACAUUAUAACAGGAGAUUAUAUGACUUCACCUGGCUCCUCUAUUGCGUCUUCGAGAUGUAGGAAUGAAAAACGAAAUAGUAUCAAUUCUUUUGUCAAAAUCGCUUCUAAAACUUCUGAAAUAAUUACACCCAGAACCGAAAGAGAAGAAAGUCAUUCUGAUUUAGUUCAGACAGACAAUUUGGCGCCAACUAGCCAAAUUAUUGAUUAUUAUAUUGAUAUACUUGAGUCUGCACAGUAUCAGUUAAAAAAUGGAGAGAGUCGAGCUUUAAAGCUUAAAAAGAGCAGACCUUCGGAAUGUUUUGAAAACUCUAUUGGAAAGUCUAAGUUUGACGGCUUUACAGAUGAUAUAGAGUUUCCAGUCACCCAGUCCAAAAAAAACUUGGAGUCCUCGCUAUUUUUUUCAAAAGCUACUGCUGGCGACCUACCUGACUUCAGCUCGAGUAGCCAAAGUAACAAUAAAGCUCAUCUUAACACUAGAAAUCAAGUAAUAAGUAAGAGACGACCAGCAUUAAAAUCAUCUUUUAGUCAAGAUAGUUCGCCGUCGUUACUGAAUGACUCAUCAUGGAUAAAGCCAGAAAUUAAUGCGACUAGUAAUGAUGAAAUUCGGUUAUCCCCAGAUACUGAUAAAAUAGGCGAGGAUGAAAAAGGUAAAGGUAAUUAUUGUGCAAUGCCAUCUUCACUUAUGAAAUCAGUGCGACCUUGUGACAAUGACAGCGAUAGUAAUGAAAAAUAUGAUUGUAGCGAUAAUGGUUCAAUGCAUAGCGAUGAGCGAAAUUACAUAGAGUUUCCGGGCAAUAGCAGAAAUUUAUUACGCAGUCGUGGACUAGGAGAUGCAGGAGAAAGGAAAAAGAUCCGAAAUGAGCCUGCACAUCAAUACAAGCAGAAUAUUCAUCUACAUAGCCGCUCAGCAUCAGAUGCGAGAGUCUUAGACCUUAAAGCUAUCGCAGAAAAAAAAAUAUUAAGAAAAGAGCAAGCUGCGCGCGAACUUAAGGCAAGAAGAAAAUCACUAGCAAAAAGACCAUCUGCACCUCCCAUAAUUUAUCCAGAGCAGCUUGAUAGACUAACCCUAGCUCACUCUCACUCACUGAUUGAUAAAACACGUGUUUUUAUCGAGCCUGAAUCAAAAAAAAUCCAUACUCAGCCUUCACGAAGUAAAACUACUCCACCUGAAAGCACUCGAGUACAUCAAGUGGUUUUUGACGAAAGAGAUGAAGAUAAAAAAAGUAGGACCAGGAAGGGAUGGGCAAAUCAAAUCGGCCUUCCAGCAAAUCCAAGAGCAUUGAAGUAUCUUCAACAUGAUGCUGUGGGAUCGAAAUUAUUUUCACCACCCGGUAAUAAUGAAACUGGGAAUACUUUAGAGUCAUAUUCGUGUGGGAAAUCCAAUGUUACACAUAUUAAAGAUGAAUUCGAGACCCUGCCGCCUCUACCUAUGACAACUUACAAGGCAACUCGCCGGAUACCCCCCCGUUCAGCAUCUGCUCCUAUACUUGAGGAGCCAUCCUUUCCGCAUGCUCUUCCAUUAGACCUCCCCACCCACCCAGCAUUUCAAUCUUCUCUUCCACCUAGUACUGUACGACGUGGGUCAGAAUCAAAAAGUUUUGAUGGGCUGCUACCAAUGAGAAAGAUAAAUUCUGGAGAAUUACAAACUAGCUAUCAUAGUAAUACGACACGAAACACAGCAAAUCAGGCACAUGGUCAAGGGAGUAUUAAUUAUGGGAAGGAUGGAACUUGUACGAAAACCCAUCACGAAACACAUCAAAGCGAUUCGUCUCCACCGUCUCCUAUACCUCCGAUUCUUAAAGAACUUCAACAUCUUGCAAUACCUCCGCCGCCGCCGCCCCCUCCCUACCAUUCUAUGGGAAUUAAUUCUGACUCAAGCUCACCAAACAUCUCAUCUGGAUCCGGUAUCAUUGAAAUAAUAAUGGAUGAUGAAGGCAUUUCAACGUCUACAAGCGAUAACCCGAUCGAUAGAGCUUCCGCUUCAGAAAAAUCUCCCAGCCAUAAUCCUUGUAGCAUUCAAAGUGAUGACACCAAAGGCAUCCGGUUUACACAAGCUAAGCGUCGUUUUCGUAGCGCUAGCCACGGCUGGAUUGGCGCACGCAUACCACUAAAUAACUCCAACCUCAACCAAAGCGCUGCAACGUGGACUGCAGGGCGAAAUAAAAACGGCACCCAAGGAGGUCAGCGUAGUGGUAUUAGCGGUAUUAUGAACCAGUGGUACCAAAAAGAAGCUCAAGGCGUGGCAAAAACACUAGAGGGCGGUAUGAUCUAA